UCCAGUCAGACAGUCAGUCAGUGGAUGAGAGUCGUUCUUGACCGUUGCGAUUGAUCGCCUCCAAUUUUUCGCGACUGGUUUCCGUGGUGGUUGAUAUUCUAUCUACCAAUCGCUUCCUCUCGGUUGCGCAGUGAAGUGAGGUUUUAUGAUUCCGUAAAAAAUCGAAACCAUUGGGAAGUGUUUUCGAAACGAGCCGAUUGAAUGCGGAAUUGAGCGAUCCUAUCGCUGUGUUGCCGUUUGAAAAAACUUCAACUGAAUCCAUUCAGCCGAUCCAAAACAGUGUGAAACAAACAGUGUCGCAGCACGGCAGUUCGCGUCGUACGCCGCCUCUCCAUAUGGUUGCAACGCGGCAUACAGUGCAGUGAGCUGAGCAAGAGCACAACUCCAAGAGAACAAUACGAGCAAUUGUGCGUUUGUGGCGAGUGAUUUUCAUUGAUCAAGGAGAAGCAUCAACACAGCGGCCGCUGAGUGAGCGAAUCGAGGCGUGAAGCAUAGUUCGAAAUCCGUGUGCACAGUUCCGUUCAAAGUGUGCUGCCGUCGAGUGCUGUGUAGAGUGAGUGAGCUGUGUGCUAAGCUAUCAAAAGAGUAUCUAUCGUACAGAAAGAAGUAAGUCAGUGAAUGAAGCGAGGCAAGCAGACGGAAGAGGCAACGGGGAAGAAAAAAGUGUUCAGGAAAAUAUAGGUGGUUAGCUGCUGGAUGCAGUGUGGCGGAUGGUUGCUGCGCCUUGCAGAAUCCAAGUGAGAAAAAUCGCGACAGCAGUCGGUGACGGUGGUCGAAAGUGAAAAGUGUACUGCCAGGAACGGCAUUCGGUGGUGAAAAUUUUGGGUGUACCACACCCCGAAAAAAAAAAGAAUGAUUUAGAUGUGCUGAGUAAGUGGGAAAAAAAUCGGUGAAGAGUGUCUCGGGUCUAUCUAUAAGGCAGUGAAUGGAAUCGCAGUUUCGUGCGUGAAGAACUUGGUGAAAGAACUUGACUACGGUUUGAAGAACCGCAGAGGAACGACGUCGUCAUCGAUUCGUAGUAUUGGAAGCCAUUUGGAGCCAUAUCGCUGCUGGUUGACCGACUGCUAAUGGGUUCCCAUUAAUCGCGCAUAAAAGAGAGCAAUUCCGACCAGAAUCUACCAAAUCACAACCAUUGCCGUGCCCCUCUCUAUCCAAUCAAUACACGUUGCGCAACCAUCGAUCCGCCAAUAAUCCCCCCGGGGCACCUCUAAAUUGUACCGUUACGUGCGCGCCCUGGUCGUCACGUACAGAAAAAGCGAAAGUGACCGGCCUAAGCUGUAGAUCUGAUUCCAAGCCAAGCCAAUCUAAUCUAUCCAGGUGCCGCCGCGAACAGCCCAAACAGCAGCUGAUCUCACGUCAUGCCGAUAUUGCAGAUGUUGCCACUGGACAGGAGCCGCAUUACCACCAGCACCAGAAACUGAAUCAUCCCAAUUCAAGUGGACGGAAGGUCUUCCGAGACGCGGUGAAAAGUCGAGUGCGUUCAGUAGUGAAUUGCGCGCCAAUUGUGUUGCGUGUUGAAUUCGAUAGGUUUCCCAUCGGUUUUUGAAAAGCAGCGGAAAUCGCGUUUGAAAGUGAAAUCAUUUCGUCCGAAAACGGCGACUGUUCAAUCGAUCGACCGCUCAAUCGUAUGAGCCGGGAGUGAAUGAUCCGAUACAUUUGUCCGAAGUUGUUGAGUGUGCUUUAAUUGAAUACGUCGGGUGUGCUUCUUUUUUAAGAUUGUGCAUCGAAUUAUGAAUCUUUACGAUUUGCAAAAGGAAGCCGCGUGAAGAGCGACCGAAUGUUUAUCCAUUCCAUCAUCAAGUGAAGAUUAUCUUGCAACAGAAGCGGCAAAGAUUAGAGCCAAUUGAACGCGAAGAUUGUGCGCGUUCAGAGAAUUUGUAGAAGAGCUGGUGUAGGUUUCGGGUUUCGAUGUGAUUUCCAGCUGAUUGCCAUGACUUAACGACAACGAUAUGAACAGCAGUUUAACGUCAUCAUCUCCUUAAUGUCUGCCAGUAGUAGCAGCAUACUACUCUCCAAAGGGGAAAACCAACUUUAGCUAUCGACUGCUAAUUAAAUUGCGUGAAGAAUACGGAAGCACGGAAGAAACAGUCGGAAAGGGAAUCUCUGAUCUGGGUAGACGACCUACACCGAAAAUACGGUGGACUGGCGUAGCGGCGAGAGGAGCCGUUCAAAAAAUUUUGUCCAGUUUUUGGUUUAAGAGCGCGAGAAAUCGCUGGCGGAAUUUUUCGUGGGUGAGAUUCUAUCAAUAAAAGGCCGCCAACCUGGAACUAAUGGAAUUAGAGAACAUCGUGGCCAAUACGGUCUACUUGAAGGCGCGAGAAGGAGGGUCCGACAGCAAUAAGGGUAAAAGCAAAAAAUGGCGCAAAAUCCUCCAGUUUCCACACAUAUCGCAAUGUAUAGAUCUCAAGAACAAAAUAGAUGUAAGUUACGGUUACGUAAUUGAUCAGCAGCCCAUCGGACGGGAACUGUUUUUCCAGUUCUGCAAAGUUAAGCGACCGCAGUACUACCGAUAUAUCUCCUUUCUGGAAGAUACGACGAGGUACGAAAUCGCUGCCGAUGAGAUCCGCGUGGAGCUGGCGUACAAUGUGGCCAAGCGGUACCUGGGCCUCUGCGCGGAUGGCCACGCCACGGAAGACACCGGAGGCGGAGGCCGCGGGGACGACGGAGACGAUGGGAAGUGCGACGACGACAGCGGAAUCGGUGGCGACACCAAAAAGCUCAGCAAUCACGAUGACCCGGCGGCGGAGAAAAAGAGCCUGGCCGGGUCGAACUCGUUGACCAACUCGAACGCGGUGGUCGCUGGCAAAGGCACGGCCAAUAAUGCCAACAACAGCAGCUCCAAUAAUGCCAUCAAGAAAUGCUCCGGCGACGACGAGGACGACGACAACGAUGAAUUUGUGUUGGACAUUCUGAACGAUGACAUCGUGGCGCAGGUCCGGAGUAAACUGCUGAAUGGCAGUAAGGAGCUGUUCGAGGCAUCGGUGACGGCGGUGAAAACAUUCCUGCAGGGGGAACCGUUCCGGGAAUUCGAAUCGUCGAUGUAUUUUCACAGAUACUUACAAUGGAAAUGGCUAGAGGCACAGCCAGUUACUUACAAAACGUUUCGGAUGUACCGAGUGCUGGGCAAGGGGGGCUUCGGCGAAGUCUGUGCAUGUCAGGUACGUGCAACCGGCAAGAUGUACGCCUGCAAAAAGCUCGAAAAGAAGCGCAUCAAAAAGCGGAAAGGCGAAUCGAUGGUGCUGAUAGAGAAGCAAAUCCUGCAGAAAAUUAACUCCCGCUUCGUGGUGAACCUGGCGUACGCGUACGAAACCAAGGACGCACUCUGUCUGGUGCUAACUAUUAUGAACGGUGGAGAUCUCAAAUUUCACAUCUACAACAUGGGAGGCGAUCCGGGUUUCGAGCUGAGCCGGGCGCGGUUUUACGCUGCCGAGGUGGUCUGCGGGCUAGAACAUCUACACCAGAUGGGCAUCGUGUACCGGGAUUGCAAACCGGAGAACAUCCUACUGGACGACACCGGUCAUGUGCGGAUAUCGGACCUUGGGCUAGCGGUUGAAAUUCCCGAGGGGGAAAUGGUGAGGGGGAGAGUCGGUACAGUUGGAUACAUGGCUCCGGAAGUCAUAGAUAACGAAAAGUAUGCAUUUUCGCCGGAUUGGUUCAGCUUUGGGUGCUUGCUGUACGAGAUGAUUGAGGGCCAGGCUCCGUUCCGGGCGCGGAAGGAGAAGGUGAAACGAGAGGAGGUGGACCGCCGGGUCAAGGAGGAUGCCGAAAAAUACUCCCACAAAUUUAGCGACGAUGCCAAAAUCCUGUGCCAACAGUUACUCAUGAAGGCUGUCAAGAACCGGCUAGGGUGCCGCAACGGUCGGUACGGUGCCCGAGAAGUUAAGCUGAACGGCUUUUUCACCAGUAUUAAUUGGAAGCGGCUAGACGCUGGCGUUGUGGAACCGCCCUUCGUACCAGACCCACAUGCGGUCUAUGCCAAAGACGUGCUCGACAUCGAGCAAUUCUCAACGGUAAAAGGAGUGAAUCUGGACGCUACGGAUGAAAAUUUUUACUCGAAGUUCAACACCGGCUCGGUGUCGAUUCCGUGGCAGAACGAAAUGAUCGAGACGGAGUGUUUCCGAGAGUUGAACGUGUUCGGGCAGGACGAGUGCCCGACGCCUGACUUGCUCAUCAAUGCACCGCCGGUGGUGGAGAAGCCUGGUUGCUUUCCGUUCCGGAGGAAGAAAAAGCAAUCUCCCCGUGAAAAGCCAGUACCAUUCAACGAGAAAUUGCUUUCAUCUAGUCAUACCACGGUAACAGUCAGCUCAUCUCAGAACGAAAGCUGAUAAUGUGAUAGCAUAAGUCAACCCGAGCAGCAGCAACAACAACCACAACAGCAAACGGAUGCACCACCAAGAUCUAACUGAACCAAAAAUGUCCCAGUAGCUCUGAAUUUUGUACAUUUACUUAGGCAGCGCAGCAAAUCUCGAAUCCAAGUGUGACAUCCAUCGCAUCGUCUGGACGGUGGUUUCUAAAAGGCGCUCUACGGAUCGACAUCAGCAACUCCAACAAAGCACAACUCUCACAAUGUGCACAAAUUUUAGCAACAAAUUAUCAACCGUGAGCCGAACGGGGGGAAAAAAUCGAACAAUUUCGAUCUGAAUUUGUUCGCGGUAUUAGCGCAAACUCAAACGUGAAGCACAAUUGCCACAUCGUGAAAGGAAACCGUAAAGCCAACAAUAUUAAUCCGUACAAGCAUGGAGUAAAGUACCAGACGCCAAGUAAGAGGAAUACAAGUUGUUGAAUAGUGCGCAGAAUGCAUAUGAGGAGUCGCGAAAUGAAGAAGAGUGCUUAUUGAAGAUUUUUUUCGAAUUGUUAUUAGGUUCGUGUUUAUUUCAGUAACCAGAUGCACAAACAGCACAACCGCAGCAGCAGGAACAACAGUGAGGAUUUGUUAUUUAUUUUAAAAAGGAGUUUAGAAUGUUUUUAACCGUGAAUUUUAUGUUUCUUCUGUAAAUAAUCGUUUCUAAUGCCUAGUUAAAAUAUUGCUCCCGCGAGAGUCCCUUUAGGUUCUUCGAUCCACUUAUCGCGCUCAAAGUGUUUUAAGUAGCAUUUUUUUAUGUUUUAAAGCGACGUGAUUUUAUCUACUAUAUAGUUUAUAGCGUAGAAAGCUGCGUUGGCACACAGCAGUGCACGUGAUCGUUCGUGCGCGCAAUUAAGUAGGAGUGAAUUGAAAAGCAUAACAAAUUGUACAUUGUUACAAUGUAUCCAAACUAGAAUUAACAAUUAGCAAGUAACGAGAACUAGAGAAAGCAAGGAGAAAACAAGGAUAUGAAUAACUCAUAGGUGUUUUUGUAAGGUAGAAGAAAAUUUCCCGAAGUGGAAAACCAAGUACAGCAUAAAUAGGCUUUUAAUCUUUCUCCCGCCACCCGACGAGCUGGGAUGUGAUAGCAAGCAAAAUGUGUAGUAGCUUACGGUCCUUCAAAAAACUAGCGUGUUUUAUACGAGAAACCAAGUGCAAGACGAAGUAGACGAAUGUGUCCGAUUUAUAAGCCUCCUGAUUCCGCCGUUGAUAGGAAAACGUGUACGAGCAAAAAAAAAAAAGCAACAACAGUUCCCGAUAGAUAACCGUAACUAGGCACAAAAUUCAAGUCAACUUAGAAGAAAUGUAGAUCAGUGACAAGUAUAGUGAUGCGAACUCAAAUCAUACUCAUACUGAAGAUAACACGCAACAAGACAAGAUUAGUAACAAAUCAGCACAAAACCUUUUUCGCUUUUAUCACACACACAAAAACAUCUUUAGAUUGAAAACUAGCACACAUUGAACGCACACACGCACAUAACUCUAAAUAUAACCUAACUACAAACUUUCGUGGAACACAAAGUGCGUGAGCUUCUCUGUAGGUUCACUGCUUGGGGUAGAGAGUCAUUUGGCAUGAGGUCACAUGGCAUAACAGACAUUAAGGCAUAAUUUUGAACUGGAUUAUAAGUGUGGAUCAUUUGACAUAAUUGCGAAUCGAG